CUCUCCUGUGUGCUCGCGUGUUUUGCGGUUGCCGCCAUACUUGGGACUAAGUAGUCCUGUGCCUCUGCUCCUCCUACUACCUUCAGUUCAGUCCAUUUGCGGCAUCUUUUUUUCUUAGGUUUGCAUAUGAACAGCCAUUUUGUUACUGGUCUAGAUUAUUUCAAAUGAGGUUCCGUCCCAUAGAUCUGUAUAAGAACAGUUCAGUGAUCUGUUCUCUUUGGUUUGCAGGUGUAAAGUGGCAGCUCUACUUCAGAUGACGGGACUUCCGUGUUACACAGGGCCACAAUGACAUCAAACGACGAGCAUGUGUUAUGAUUAUACAACGUAGUAUAUAGCUGCCUCGCUUCAGUACUUGAAAGUGAAACUUUUCCAAGGUCUGAAAUCACACUCGUGUGCACAGUAAGACAAGAAAUCUGACUGCUUUUGUGAAUGUGAUCUGACAGCACUAUGCAGCCACCGACCUGUGGAUGAGUAACGAGAGAAAAUGUGUCGCAACAUAGCUAGCUACUGUUCUACAGAAAAGCCAUAAUGAGAAUUAACAACAUGAAAAUAUUCAGGUUACUAAACGUGACUUGCCGCGUAAUGAGGCUAAACGACGCAAGAUUGCUGCAGCGAAAUCAAUGUGGAGUAGGACAUUGCUUCUCUGUUAGAAACCGUAUAGCCAUAAACACACAAUUCGCAAAUUCUUUUUGCACCCGGGAUGAUCAUAAAUGUGAAAGACCAAAAGGGUACGACACUGGGUUAAAAACCUACAACAGUCUGACCAGACAAAAAGAGCCUCUGGUGCUGGCAAAGGAAGGAACGGCUACAUGGUAUAGCUGUGGACCCACAGUUUAUGAUCAUGCACACCUUGGGCACGCUUGCUCCUAUGUGAGAUUUGACAUCAUUCAAAGAAUUUUAUCCAGAUUUUUUGGGAUAAAUGUAAUCCAUGUGAUGGUGAUCACUGAUAUUGAUGACAAAAUUAUUAAGAGAAGCUUACAGGAAAACAUUUCCCCAACAGUCUUGGCUCAAAUGUAUGAAGAAGAGUUUAAGAAUGACAUGCUAGCCUUGAAGGUGAAUCCUCCAUCGGUUUAUAUGCGAGUUACAGAGAACGUUCCUCAGAUUAUUACCUUCAUACAGGGCAUCAUCAGAAAUGGACAUGCGUACGCCACAAACCGAGGAGAUGUGUAUUUUGAUGUCAAGUCAAUCGGGGACCGAUACGGCAAGUUCAGGGUCAGUGAUGACGCAGUUGGCAAGGCAGGGGACAUUGAGAAGAAGGACUUGAGGGAUUUUGCCCUGUGGAAGGGUGCAAAACCUGGGGAACCACACUGGGAGUCUCCCUGGGGACAAGGCCGACCUGGCUGGCACAUCGAGUGUUCCACCAUCGCCAGUUCUGUGUUUGGAAGUCAGCUGGACAUCCACUCUGGUGGCAUCGACCUGGCCUUCCCCCACCAUGAGAAUGAGGUUGCCCAAUGUGAGGCCUACCACCAAUGUGGGCAAUGGGGGAACUACUUCCUGCAUUCAGGGCAUCUACACUUAAAAGGAAGUGCUGAGAAAAUGUCAAAAUCCUUGAAAAACUAUAUUUCCAUAAAGGAUUUCCUGCAGUUGUACACUGCCAAUGAAUUCCGAAUGUUCUGCCUGUUGGCCAAGUACAGAUCAGUGAUCGACUACAGUGAAACCAGUAUGGAUGAAGCACGGAGCACUCUGGCCUCCAUCUCUGCCUUCUCCCAUGAUGCCGAGGCCUACAUGAAGGGUCAGCUGAUGUGCCAGGGAGUGGAGGAGGCCAUGUUGUGGGAAAGGUUAGCCGCCGCUCAGGCCAGCGUUCAGACCGCGCUGGCAGAUGACUUUCACACUCCGAGGGCCAUCGACGCGAUCAUGAGCCUCGUUUCCCAUGGCAACCGUCAGCUUCAGGCUGUUUCCAAGGACGACUCAUCUUCCAGGAGCCCGGCUGUCUUCGGGGCGAUUCUUUCCUACAUCCGGGGGUUCCUGGAUAACCUCGGUGUUGAAUUGCUGGACAGACAGGUGGGCGCGAUGGGGGACUCCUCCGGGACCCUGGAGAACGUGGUGGAGCGGCUGGUGAGGUUCCGCACUGAGGUGCGGGCGUUCGCGCUCUCUCCAGACGACCCCGCCGCUGGGGGGGGACCGGCCCGCCGCCCCCAGCCCCACCCGGACCGUGAGCCCCUGCUGAAGGCCUGCGAUGCCCUCCGGAGGGACCUUGCCCCGCUCGGCGUCCACCUCAAGGACAGGGGAACCAGCACCACUUGGGAGAUAACCAGGCAGAAGGUGCCGGAGAAGGAGGGUGCUGGAGACUAAUCACAGAUGGUUCUGACGGGAAGGCUGUGGUCACGUGACCUCAGUCACUUCAAGCAGCACCAAAACCUUCUUGCUAAGCAAUGUGGGAAAAACGUGCCAAGCCAACUGAGAACUCCAUGGAGAAGCUGCUUUUCUGAAGGAGCUGAAUGUAAUUCAGGCACAAGAAAUGAAAGGCCAACAUAAUCAUAAUAUAAAUUGAAAUUGGCCUACAAAUUAAAUGUAUAUACUUUAUCUGCAGGCCAGUGUCAUCCUUUUUUUUUGCCCAAAGCAAGAGUUGAUUUCAGUGAUCUCUGUUGCUGAAAAUUAAUGAAUUUGUUUCACAUCAUUGCUCGCCAACGCCUGGUGGGACACAAGUAAUCAAUAUGCAAUUAAAAGGUUUGCCUUUCAUUCUGAGAUACUGUAUUUGAAAAAGUAAUUGGCGAAGUACAGCUACUGCAAACUGCCGACAGGAUUUUGAAUGCGUGUCAGUGGUGGUUGAACCGAACGUUGGCGGUUGGCAGCUGUCAGUGCUGCUGGCACGUUCGCAGCACCGCUGAAGGGGAGGCAGUGGUGUGUGUGACGCUGCGCUCUACCUUUCCGUCGCAGAGUGAACUGCAGCUGCAUGCUGACUGAGUGCUCUGCGGGGACGCCGUCGCCAAGGACAACCGUGCUAAUGAUCACACAGAAAGCACCGUGUCCGAAUGCAGUCUCUUUUCAGGCGAGAGUGUCGCUACCUCAUUGCUGGACACAGACGUUUGCCCGGCCACAGGGUCGCCAUCCGCUUCAGACAAGACGAUCCCAAUUGCAGAAACCUCAAUGCAGUUGGGGCAAACUGGGCACAGUAAUAAAAUUAACUCCUAAAUGCUU